GCUCUUCCCUCGCCAGGCCCUCUGGGCGUCGUAGUCUUCAGGAGCCACGGCAGGCUGGAGCGAGAUUUGCGGCCAUCGCGAUAUCCGCGCGAGCGGUUGCUGCGAUACGGCGGCGCCGCCCGCGGGCUCAUGGCGGCUGAGGGGCGCGAGAGAAGUUAAAAAGGAAACGAAUAUGGCCAGCGGUAACAGACCUCCCACAGCUCGUUCUGCUUCAAGAGCAGGAAUAGGACUGACCUCUUCAUCAAGGCCUGCCUCUUCAUCAAGGACUCCGUCAGCAGGCAGAGUAGGAACAGCGAUGCCUCCUAGUACAGCAAGACCUGGUUCUCGUGGUGGUUCUUUGACUCCUGGAGGAGUCUUAUCAUCUCAGAUUAAAGUUGCAGACCGUCCAGUGACGCAACAGGGAUUAAGUGGAAUAAAAACUGCAGUGAAAGGUCCUCAGAGACAGAUAAUGGAUAAAACGUACUACCUUGGCGUGCUGAGAAGUAAAAUAAAUGAACUUACAACAGAAAUUAACAAGCUGCAGGAGGAAGUAGAAAUGUACAAGCAAGAGAAAUCUGUCUAUUUGUCCUAUGAAAAACGGGCAGAGGCUUUAGCUGGUGAAAUCAAAGAUUUUCAAGGGCAACUAGCAGACUACAACAUGGUUGUGGAUAUACUUAACACCAGUACAGAUAUGGCUGAAGUGAUCCGUGAUUACAAUAUGUUAAAGGUUCAGAAUGACCGAGACACUCAGAAUAUAGAUAAAAUUUUCACAGAAAGACAAGCCACAGAAAAGUUAAUUCAAGCUGUAGAAGAAGAUAUCGAGCGUGAAAAGGUUGUGGCAGAUGACAUAAUGAAAGACAUGUCGCAGGAAAAUCAGGCUAAAUAUCUGGAGAUAAAAGCUGCUAAUGAGAAACUCUCCCAGGAAUUGGUUGUUCAACAGCAGGAAUUGGAUGCACUAAAUGUGAAGGAAGAGAGUCUAAGAGCUGAAAUAGCACACUCUGCGGUGAAACAGGAAGCUGUGCAGUUAUAUGAAAAGCUCCAUGAACUCAAGGAACAUCGAGAUCGAAUGAUUGCUGAGGAUAAGAACAUGGAGUCUCCACAGGAGGAAAGAGAAAGAUUACUAAAGCAGGUUAAAGAUGAUAGUCAAAAAAUUGCAAGCAUGGAAAGACAGUUGGCAGAAGUAAAAGAAAAAAUAGAUUAUUUUAAAAAGGUCAUUCAACGACUUGAUACAGAUCUGGAGAACCAUCGAGGAGAAGAAAAUUGGAAAUACAAGGAGUUGAAGAAGAGGGAAGAGAGCAUGGACAAUUUUCUAGCAACUUUUGAAGAUGUAAAGAAUCAGGAAUUGGAACGAAAGGCCCAAAUAGAAGCCAACAUUGUUGCACUCCUGGAGCACUCGAGCAGGAAUCUGAAUCAUAUGAAACAAAUUUCAUCUGUUACCAAUCAAGAGCUGAAGAUUAUGCAGGAAGACCUCACUUUCAAAUCAAGUGAAAUGCAGAAAUCACAAAGCACUGCUAAGAACCUGAUUACAGAGAGUCAAAAACUGCAGCUGGACCUACAGAAGAUGGAACUGUUGGAGGGCAAGAUGGUUGGUGAACUGGCUUCUCUUAAAGACAAAAUUGAACAGACGAAAGCAGAGUUGGAGAUCUACAAUAAUUUGCCAGCUCUGAAAGCAUCAGGAGAAGAAAAGAAAAAGAAACUCGAGGAUGACAAAGAAAAAUUAACAAAACGCAGUCGUGCUUUUAAGAAAAUAAUGGAGCAUUUGAAUACAGAGUAUGAGACACUAAAGAAGGAGCUGCAAGAAAAUGAGACCCAUUCUCAGCUUACGAAUUUGGAGAGGAAGUGGCAGCACCAUGAGCAAAAUAACUUUAUGAUGAAGGAGUUCAUAGCAACAAAAAGUCAGGAGAGUGACUACCAGCCAAUAAUGAAGAAUUCGAGAAAGCUGGUCAAAGAAUACAACAAAGCUCUCAUAGAAGCUUUACAGAACACCAAGAACUGAACCCAGGCAUUUCCUUCCUGCCUGAAUGGACCAACAAUGAGAGAUGUGCAAAGGCCAUGUGGAAAGCUGGACUACUGAGAUAAUUUAUUCACCACUAGGGUGGAAGAUAUUCUUAAAAUUAUUUUUCCAGGUUUUUAGAAGUUACAGGUUUUAAUACUAUCUCUCCUUUUGCACUGUUUAAAAUUUUUAGAAAUAAACAUCUGAAUUUUAGAAACAAAAAGGAGAUCCUGCCCAAUGAGUUACUGAGGCCCGUUGCUGAAUUGCAUCUCAAAUGUGAAAUUUUAGUCUGCUUUACACCCUGAAUUUCUAAUUGCCUUGUAGUCCUACCCCUGUCAAACACAACAGGACUGCUUUACACGCUGUCAUAUGCAUUAUCUUAAAUUAAGUGCAUAAUAAGAUAAAUGGUAACAUCAACAUACCAUACCUAUAUAUAGCAAUUUAUACCAAGUAAGGAAAGCAUCUAAGGAUGACAAGCAUCUUUUAAAGUCAAAAUAGCUUCAUAGUGUAAAAUCUUACAAUAAAAGCAAAUGCCAGCAAAUUUUCAUUUCCUAAUGGAGACUUAACUUUGUUAUUUUUUAAAUUGUAAAGAGCAAAAUCUGAUAAAAAGUAGUGAAACAUAGCUAACACUGAUUUUGUGUGAAGCAUUUUACUGCUGUAGUAUUCACCAGUAAAGGAAAUAGCAGAGAAAUUUAUUGUAUUUUCUGCAAUGUGUUUUUUCCUCCAGUUUCAAGCGGCAGUGUCAUAUGAAACCUCUGACAAAAAUCCACAAGGAAGAGUUUCAACAUAGAACAAAAACAGGGCUUAUAUAGAAAAUAACAAUGUGCUUUAUGAUACCAAAAUUGCAGAAAACAUUUAGAUUAAAAAAAAAAUCCAUUUAUAUAUUUCUCUCACAUUCUACAUGUAAUGUAUUUUAUAAACUGCUUAUUGAUCA